AACAGCUGGAUUCAUGCCUGCUUGAGGAAGGCAGAUAAGAACAAAGACAACAAAAUGAGUUUUAAAGAGCUCAAGAACUUCCUGAAAGAAAUCAACAUCCUAGUUGAUGACGGCUAUGCUCGGCAGAUUUUUGAGCAGUGUGACAUAUCCCAGACAGACACCUUGGAAGAUUAUGAGAUAGAAAUCUUCUAUAAGUUACUGACAGAGCGAAAAGAGAUAGACCGGAUCUUCUCUGAACAGUCAGAGGACAAAGAGACCAUGUCAUUGGAUAAUCUGGUGAGGUUCCUCCGAGAAGUACAGCACGAAGAAGAGGCUGGACCUGAACUGGCGCUCUCUCUGAUUGAGAAAUAUGAACCCAACGAAACUGUCAGAAGACAAAGAGCCAUGACCAAAGAUGGCUUCCAGAUGUAUUUGCUGUCAGCUGAUGGGAACCUAUUCAAUCAAAGACAUAGUCAUGUGUACCAGGACAUGACACAGCCUCUCAGUCAUUAUUAUAUUUCAUCUUCACACAACACCUACCUCAUGGAGGACCAGCUGAAAGGGCCGAGCAGUACAGAGGCUUACAUUAGAGCCCUGACCAAGGGCUGCCGAUGUGUGGAACUGGAUUGCUGGGAUGGCCCCAAUUCUGAGCCUGUCAUUUACCACGGCUACACACUCACCUCCAAGAUCCUGUUCUCCGAUGCUAUCAAAGCCAUCAAGAACUAUGCUUUUAAAACUUCUCCUUAUCCUGUCAUCAUAUCCUUGGAGAAUCACUGUAGCCUUGAGCAGCAGAAGAUGAUGGCACACCACCUCCAUACUAUCUUGGAAGACAUGCUCUUGGUGGCACCACUUGAAGGCAACACAAAUGAGUUACCUUCACCAGAGCAAUUAAAGGGGAAGAUUCUUGUGAAAGGGAAGAAGCUAAGCCUGGAGACCGAAGAAGUUUCUGAUGAGGAUGAAGCAGCUGAAAUGGAGGAUGAAACUGUGAACAGUGAGGUGGAAAGGAAGAGAAUGGUGAAUCAGUGCUCCUUUCAGAGUGACAAGCUAAAGCUUGCCAAGGAGCUGUCUGACACAGUUAUCUACUGCAAAAGUGUCCACUUCGGAGGUUUCAGUGACACAAGUCCCCCAGCAUACAAUGAGAUGUCAUCCUUCACGGAGAGCAAAGCUCUUAAGCUGGUCCAGGAAUCUGGAACCAGCUUCAUCCGUCACAACGUCAGGCAUCUAAGCAGGAUCUACCCAGCAGGAUGGAGGACAGAUUCUUCUAACUAUAACCCAGUCGACAUGUGGAAUGUGGGCUGCCAGAUAGUUGCCUUGAAUUUUCAGUCCAAAGGACUAGAAAUGGAUGUCCACCAGGGCCGAUUCCAGGACAAUGGAUUAUGCGGGUAUGUCCUAAAGCCAGAAUUUCUUCGGGAUGAGCAAUCUGAAUUCAACCCCAAAUUCAUCACAGAAGGGUCAUGGCAGACCCAGAAGAAACUCCAAGUUAGGAUCAUCUCCGGCCAGCAGCUGCCCAAGGUUAACAAAAGCAAAAACUCCAUUGUGGAUCCGAGGGUGAUUGUGGAGAUUCACGGUCUCCAGAUGGACAACGACAAGAAGCAAACCAAAGUCAUCGAUAAUAACGGUUUUAAGCCAACAUGGAAUGAAACAUUUGAGUUCAAAAUACACGUUCCUAAGCUGGCCCUGGUCCGCUUCAUGGUGGAAGAUUUUGACGCUUCCACAAAAAAUGAUUUUAUUGGACAGUUCACGGCUCCCUUCAUGAGUCUGAAGCGAGGCUAUCGUCAUAUUCACCUCUUGACAAAGAAUGGAGACCAGUACCCAUCUGCUACGCUCUUUGUGCAUAUCAAUAUUCUGGACAGUGAUUAAAUAACACAUCCCAAUCUUCGUUGGCUGUUCAGGUGAUUUGUCUUCACAUUCCAAAAUGGACUUGGCUCUUGAGCUGCGAUGGAAGAGCUAUGAUGGUUUUUGGCCUCCGUGGAAGCCUUAAUACAUCUCCAGAGUGCAGACCUCACUGCCAUGAAUGUUAUGGUGAAGACUGCCUUCCUGUACUUAAUUUGGAAAUAUUUUGGACAAAAUUUAUUUAAACUGACAACUUUAAGCUUUGACAUUCAUAAGCCUGGCUUUUCCUGAAUCCUAGCUGCUGUUACUAAGGGGAAAGAAAAGGCAUGUAGCAUACUGAGAAACAUUCCAGUUAAGAUAUUAAGAGACAAAUUUAUAAAGGGGUUACUUUAUCCUAGUGAGUUUCACAUCCUGGCUUGCAUUUCAUUAGUGCUUAUGGAGUCAUUAUCAGGACUUGUACCACAGGAUCCAUUUUGUGCCCUUUAUCGAAAGAAUAAUAAUUUCUUAUAUCAACUUUCAGUUUUUAAAAAAGUUGCUGGUCUUCAAGGUAGGCUUAGAAUGGUGCAGACAUUUUCUUCUGCAGUCUUGAAAGCCAAGGGAGUCUCUGAAUGAAGUUUCCAUCCAUGCUCAUCCUUUUAAGCAGGAUAGUGUGCAAUUUGAAGCACAAGAAUCAUCACAAUUUGACACCAUGAAAAGUUGGAUCCUGCAAACUGUGUACAUCAUGGAAAGUACCUGUGGAUGACUUCAGAUUUACUUCUUCCACUCAAGGCCAACUAUCUGCAUAAUACACUUCCCAGCUCCUUCCAUACAACCAGAGGAAUUCCUCAGCAACUUUCAGGACUUCUGAGAUUUCACAUGCAUUACUUUCACACUAUCAAGCUUGGAUUAGGAACCAAAAGGACUAGUAACUUUCUUCUAGAAACUCAAAACUUCCCAAGAUGCUGCUUUCUGAAGCCAAUACUACAUUCUGCCGUAUUUUUGCUGUUCCAAUGUGGAACAGCAGUGAGUGCAAACCUUCAUUUUUUAACAGCUAAACGUGUGUGUUUGUUUUUAAAACUCCUAAGACUGUGUCCUCUGUAUGUGUUUGUCUGCCUGCAGUUUCAUGAUUAGAAACUGGGUCAAACAUAUAAUCACAAUGGGAUGGAUCUGGUCACAGUUAUAUUUAGAGCUCAGUAAACCCACUGAAACCAAUGGGAUUUAAGUUAGCCCAUCUGGAUUCAUCACACAUGUGGAUUUUUUUUUUUUGGGUAAAUGAAUUGUAACUGCUUGAUCUUUUAUACUGAUUUCUAAAAUUAUUUUUAAUGGGGAAAAAAUGAAGUGCCAAGAUCAUUUUAUAGUUAUUGUUUGUUCUCUCAGCACCUUUGACUCAUUUCUGUAUUUGAGGGAGCAGCGGGUAGGCAAAGGAAUUAUAAAUGUUUUUAUCCAAACACAGUUGAUGUCAGUGGAAAUUCAUCUUAAUGGUAGCAAAUUCCAAUGCUUGGAAGAAAUUAAUCACAGAUCACAGGACUGGUAUUAGAAACAACCAGAUUCCUGCUCCACUUCCAUUAGUUUCUGAUUAUUAGUGUCUUGGAGCAUUAUGCUGUUAUGUGUAGCCAUGAUUUUCCUUGAAACAAUGAGGACUAGAAGCUUCUGGUGAAUUCAGAGAAUCAAACAUCCAGAAGCUUUGAAAGAGAGAUCUAUUGCACAGUUUAAGAUCUUAUACCAUGCUGCUUUUUUCAUGUUAUGUACAAGAUACAAAAUCCAUGCACACAAACUAGCCAAAGUUAAACAAUUCUAAAUUGUUCCAUAGAUUGUAAUGGCAGAAAUUUAAGCAUAUGCUCAGCCCUCCCAAUCUGUGAGCCUUAAAACAAGUGGAUUUUUGCCACUAGUUAUUUAGUUUUCUGUAUCAAGUUGUGAAAACACUGUUCUGCAGAUAUUUUUGUACCAAAUACUCUUUCUAUAUUUGAUGUGCAUUCAACAUCUGGGAUGGCCUUCACUCUUGAAGGGAGACAAAAGUUUUAUUUGCCUAUCAAUGCAAUCCGUUUCAUCCAUCCCUUGGGGGAUAAGGGCUUUUUCACAGUCUUAUCUCAUGGCAACAAGCUUGAAGCUUGCUUCCAUUUUGACUACAUUAAUAUAAUUAAUCCCAAACUUAUACCAAAGUAAUUGAAUUUGAAAACAGCGAGGAUCCUUGGCUUGCUUCAAGACGUAGCUGUAUGAACAGCAAGGGUAAUUGAAUUCAUUUGUAGUUUUGCAGUUUCAUUUUGAAGCAGGUGGUUUUGAGAGUUUGAGAGAAUUACAGUUUGAGGUAGAUUUUUAAAACUAAAUCUACCAGAAUUCUCCAGUUUCAUGGAGGGGAUUCUGGGAACUGUAUUCCAAAAAAUGUGAACUUUCCCAAGCUCCAAAGAUGCUUCAAGAGAAUCAGCAAAGUUGUGUAGGCAGGCAGUGCUGCUUAUUUGCAAAGAGGUCAAGAUAAUAAACCUCUCUCCUUGUGGUCAAGUAGUUGCUACUGUGUCACAAAAUGGGUCCCCCAAAUUACAAAGUUCCUGCCUCACUUUCAUUUCAUCUACAAAAUAUGCAUCUGCGUGCACAACAAUCGGCAGCACUCCAACAUCCCCUCAGCAUAGCAUAUGUGUCUGCAUGUGGAGAUAUGCUGUGUUGACACUACACAACCCCUGUGCAGAAGGGUAACAUUGGGCAGCACAUACUAUUGAGCCAUGUGCAACAAGAAUGUGAAAUGUGCAAACUCCAUGGUCAAUAAUUCACCCUGCCUGCUUAGCAUGACAUGCCUGUGUAUGUCACUAACAUGCAUAAGUCUUGCUAUGCAAGCAGGGUGAAUUAUUACUGGCUCUGGAGUCUGCUGUUGUGCAUUUCAGUUUUACAUUCUGUUUGCACAAUGCAUAUCCGGUUAUACAUUGCUCAAUACCAACUAGUCAUUUAGAGCCAGUGUAGUGUAGUGGUUUUAGUGUUGGACUAUGACUCUGGAGACCAGGGGUUUGAUUCCACUUAAGCCAUGAAAUUUGCUUGUUGAUCUUGGGCAAGUCACAUGCUCUCAGCUUUAGGGAAAGGCAAUGGCAAACCUCUGAACAAAUCUUGCCAAGAAAACCCCAUGAUCAUCUUAGGAUUGCCAUAAGUUGGAAAUUAUUUGAAGGCACACAACAACAACAACAACAACAACAACAACAACAUGUCACUAACAGGAUGCCAGCUGCUAUGUGCAGUGCAUAACACAAUUGCACAUCCAUGUGAAAUACUGCUGCUUCACUUUUGCAAAGUGUCCAACUGUACCUGUAGGAGAACAUAUGUGUGCGUAAGUGACCAUCAAGAUUCAGGCCAUAGUCUUCUGCUUUUAACCCUCCCAUAUUUUCCCAAAAUUUCUUCCAGCUUCCCCCAUCCCACCCCAUAAAUCCAUGAAGAAUGAGAAGAGAGGUUAAACACACAAUGCCUUUUGACUGGCAGCAUUAAAAGUGCUCCAUUUGGAAACAUCCCUGGUUGAGAAUCAGGCCCUUAUAACCAUUAAUAACCCUAUUCUAGAUGCAAUCAUAGGAUGGUGAACUAAAACAAACAAAUGACAAUAAAUCCUGUGGAAAACCCAUGUGUGCCUUUGUUUUAUAAAAAAUAUCCAAAUAACACUACAGAGUUAAGAAGGAUGAUGACAAUAUGGCAUUAAUAAUAUAUUUUUGAAUUGUUGUGAUUAAAAUGAAUGAAAAUGGA